AUGGCGAAUCCAUACAGGGACCUCAGGCUUGCUAUCCAGAAUGGCGACGUUGAAACAACUAUUAAGUUGCUAGACAAUGGUCUUACAAUAAAGGCCUGUCAUUUUCUCAUUGCAACUGUGAAAAAGCACAUCAGCAUUCUAGAGCUGUUCUUGUCUCGUGGCUGGGAUAUUAACGCCGAUAUGAAUGAUAUGACACCAUCAGCGCUAGUGUAUACCUUUGAAGAUGUGGGGCUUCUCAAGUGGUUCCUAAGCCAUGGUGCGAACCCAAACAAAAGGUGCCGUAUUCGCAACUGCACGCCACUAUCCUACGCGGUCCGGGACGGUCCUUUUAAUGCCAUCAAGAUUCUUCUUCAAAAUGGGGGCCAAGUCCAAGAUGGGCAGCUUUUGCAUUACGCGGCAAUGCGAACUGAAGACGACAACCACGAAGUGCUACAAUUCAUUUACAAUCAAGAUCCUGACUAUAACAAGCUCUGUGUUAACAAAAUGCUUGAUGAGGGAACUCCAGAAUACUUUAUGAAUGAAAGAACUGGACUUGGUACUCCAUUACACUACGCUGCCCGGUCCGGUUCAGCAAAAAUGGUAACAUUCCUGGUAGAGCAGGGCGGAGCUCCUGAUCGCCAAGACCCUUACCGCCGGACACCAAUUGGCUACGCGGUUCGUAACGGGCAUCAUGACGUUGAACAAAUCUUGAAGGACAAAGUGAAUGUGGGUAUAGGUUUGGUGCAAGGCAUUUGA